AUGUCGCGCCGCGUCGGCACGCCCAUGAACAAGGUGGUGCUGAGCAGCGUCAACGUCGUGCGGCUCCAGCGCGGCGGCGGUCGCUUCGAGGUGGCCUGCUACCCGAACAAGGUCGUGGACUACCGCAGCGGCACGGAGACGGACCUGGACGAGGUGCUGCAGAUCCGCACGGUCUUCAAGAACGUGAGCAAAGGCGUCGCGACGCCGAAGAAGGAUCUCGCCAAGGUCUUCCCGAAGAUGAGCGUCGACGACGUCUGCCGCGAGAUCCUGAGGAGCGGCCAGCUCCAGGUCUCGGCGCGCGAGCGCGGCGCCGCGUCCGAGGCGCUCAUCCGCGACGUCGCGGGCAUCGUCGCGGAGCGCGUCGUCGACGCGGCGACGGGCGCGUUCCUGCCGCCGGCGUCCGUGGAGCGGCUCCUGCGCGACGAGGCGAACUUCGCGCCGUCGGCGACGCGGUCCGCGAAGCAGCAGGCGCUGGACGUGAUCAAAAUCCUGGAGCGGGACCACGGGCUGCGGCGCGCGCCGAUGGAGCUCCGCGUC